AUGGAUUCACAUAAGUUUGGUAAAUUCAGAGUUGAAAGACAGGUGUUGAAUGAGGAAAGUCUAGAGGAGGUUGCACACAAAAAAAGCUAUUAUGAAACUCAUCCACCGUUUACUAAUAAGCUGAAAGAUUCUUUACGCUGUUCAGUCCCCAGACUAAAGAGAUGGGCCCUGAGCAAGUUCCCUGUGUUGUAUUGGCUACCCAAGUACUCAGUGUGGGACUAUGGUAUGCCAGAUCUAAUCUCUGGCAUCAGUGUUGGUAUCAUGCACUUGCCACAAGGUAUGGCUUAUGCCUUGUUAGCCUCCUUGCCUCCUGUUUUUGGACUCUACAGCUCACUCUAUCCACCACUGAUCUACUUAUUUUUUGGAACAUCACGCCAUAUUUCCAUAGGGACAUUCACUGUGCUCAGUAUAAUGGUUGGAAGUGUAACAGAAACACUUGCUCCUGACACAGCAUUUUUGAUAAAUAAUGGGACAAACAUCACAAUGGAAGUCAAUAUCACAGCUCGAGACUUGUAUCGCGUCCAGGUGGCAGCUGCUACCACAGUCCUUGGAGGACUGAUUCAGGUGAUGCUUGGGGUGAUAAAGUUUGGCUUUGUUGGAACUUACCUGGCUGAACCUCUGGUGCGGGCCUACACAACUGCUGCAGCAGUUCAUGCUGUGAUUGGGCAAAUAAAAUAUAUCUUUGGAAUAUCACCAACACGAUUCAGUGGGCCACUGUCGCUUGUAUACACAUUUGGACAUAUAUGCACCCUGCUUCCUCAGACUCAUUUGCCAACCCUACUGGUCAGUGCUGUAUCUAUAGUGUGUCUUGUUGUAGCCAAGGAGCUCAACUCUUUCCUGCGCCCAAAGCUGCCAGUGCCGAUUCCAGUGGAGCUCAUUACAAUUGUGAGUGCAACAGUGAUAUCUUCCUAUUCACAUCUGAGCAACAACUACACAAUUUCAGUUGUUGGAGAGAUACCUAGUGGUCUUAGUCCUCCAUGUGUGCCAGAUGUGAGCCUGUUUAGACAGGUCAUUGGCGAUGCAUUUGCAUUAGCCAUUGUUGGUUAUGCCAUUUCAAUUUCACUUGGAAAAACAUUUGCACUGAAACAUGGAUACAAGGUGGACAGUAAUCAGGAGCUCCUGGCACUAGGAUUGAGUAAUAUGGUUGGAGGCUUUUUUGAGUGCUUUGCUAUUUGUUCAUCUAUGUCCAGAAGUCUUAUACAGGAGAGCACCGGUGGAAAAACACAGAUGGCUAGUUUGGCCUCAGCUGUGAUUGUAUUGGUUACUAUAAUGAAGCUUGGUCCUUUGUUCCAGGAACUCCCAAAGGCAGUCCUUGCAUCAAUUGUGCUCGUUAAUCUCAAGAGUAUGUUCAAACAACUGUUUGACAUUGCGACUUUGUGGAAAAAAAGCAAGAUUGACCUGUUGGUAUGGUUGGUCACUUUGAUAUCAACUCUGCUCCUUAAUCUGGAUAUGGGCCUGGCAGCGUCUAUUGCUUUUGCUCUUCUUAGCGUCAUUGUGAGAACUCAAAUGCCAACAUAUUCUAUUUUGGGAAACAUUCGGGGUACUGAUGUGUAUGUGGAUAUAGAAACCCAUAAUCAGGCAAGAGAGAUCCCUGGUAUUACAAUAUUCCACUCUUCUGCUACUGUCUAUUUUGCUAAUUCUGAUUUAUACCUUGAAGCUCUCAAAGAAAAGAGUGGACUUGACAUCAGUAAAAUGAUCAUUUAUAAGAGGAGACAGGAGGCUAAACAAAGGCGCAGAGAAAGGAGGGCAGAAAGACGAGCGAAAAGGCAGGCCAAAAAAGAGAAGAGACAAGCCCAGAGGGCAGCUGAGCAGCUGGCUGGUGCCCCUGUGUUUUCUGUGGAGGAGGAGGCUGGACAAUGGAGGGACAUGGGAUUGGAUAACGUUAGUGCAGGAGAGAAUGAAGAACAGAUUACAGAGAGAGAAAAUGGCACUGUGUUUGUAAUGCCAACCACCCCAAGGACUCCAGACGGUCAGUGCAGAUGGGAGUACCUAAAGGGAGGAGCAGAUCCAGAAAACAUAAGCUUAGGCUGGCUCUCUGAGCUGCCGGAUGGGGACACCACAACCCUAGGCUCCAGCAGUGAGGACACACUGAGUCAGGAUCUGGAGAGGGUGUCGCUGGGGUCUCUGGGAAAGUGGACUUGGGAUAUUCACUCUAUUAUUUUAGACCUGUCCACAGCUAACUUCAUUGAUAUAGUGGCUAUGAAAACAAUGCAAAAUAUUUUUCAAGACUUCAGUGAGAUUGAUGUGGAUAUCUACUUGGCUGGGUGUCAGACUUCUGUGGUGGAACAGUUGGAAAGAGGGUGCUUUUUCUCAGAAUUCAUAACAAAGAAGCACCUUUUUGCUACUGUUCAUGAUGCUGUACUUUUCUGUCUGAAUCAUCGUGGGGCAAGAACUUUCACUAGAUAUGAGCCAUCUUUGGACAUCUGCAUCAGUACAAAGCUUUAAACUGGUUGACGGGGAAAUGCAAC